AAGGGGGGGGGGGGCUAUCUCAUAAUAAGACUUAGAGGGAAGAAGUAAAAUGUGGCUGUAGAAAAUUACAUCACGAGGAGCUUCAUCAUUGUACUCUUCAGCAAAUAUUAUUAGAAUAGUCAAAUCACGAAAGACGAUGUGGGCGGAACACGUAGCACGCAUGAGACAGAUUACAAGUUAAAAAUAAUAUCGGAAAACUUGAAGAGAAUAUAUUACCUUGAUAACCUGGACGUUGACAAACUUCGGUUACAUCUGACAAAUUUAAAGUACAGACGGAACCUUAAGCAGCGAAAUUACAGUACGUAUACAAACGAAUGAAUCAUUAAACUAUGUCAUAGACAAUACUGACAUGAAAUAAUUAACACACAAACGUUAUUCGUUUUGUGUAGAAUGAUAAUACAGAAGCUGAAACUGUAUUAAAUAACAGUCCUUGUUCGCCUUAUCAAACACAAUGACAAAUUUGAAGGUAAAUAAUUCUAAACGCGGUUAAGUUCGUCCCAGCAUUUCUUAUUUAAAUUGGAGUGAGGAUAACAUACAUGGGAAGAUGGCUAGACUGUAGCCAAAAAAGCGUAGUAUUUGAUGUUACAGCUGUGGUUUCUGAUGGUGAAUGCAAAUAAAAUACACAAAACUCCAUGGUAACAAACAGCAAAGUUUUUCAAACGACAAAUCGCCAGGCUCCCGUUCUCAAAACUGAUCAGCCUAGAUCCUCUGAGGUCUUCUUCCGUCCCUCCAACCUACCCUUUUUUAUAAGUAGACGCUUGUUCACGUACUGGAACGGGAUAUUAGUAAUUGUCCGUUCAUUACACGUGUUUGUUAUUCCAGAUUAUUUUUCGUCCUUUCGAUUGCAACCUUUAACAUACACAGAAACGUCGUUUCUUAUCUAUCCCUAUAUUUCGUACACAAAAUAUAAAAACACACUAACGUAUGGAACUGAAAGAAAUAAAGAUAGAAGAGAGUGGUAAGCCAUAAAUUUAGUUCUAUUUAAAAAUACAGCAACAUUGUAGCCUUCAUAAAUUCCAUGUAAGAUACGUGAUAUAAACUGUCUCCCCUUGCUUGAGACCCCUAUAAUUAAAAAGAAAAUAGGAAAUUAAAAACUCCCAAGCAAUUAGUACUACAUGUUCUGGGACAAAUGUAGUGUGACAUUCUUUUUAACCACGUCAUAAUCAACGAGUUGCAAUAUUUGGGUAAAUGUGGAAUGAAUACAUAAAUGAACGGAAGCCACGAGACAAGCGACAGUGGUGGAGGCGAGAUUGGUGUCAGGCGAUGGAAACUCAUCUUCUCAGAUGUCGAUGUAUCCUCCUUUCUUCGUCUCAGAGCCAUUGGCUAUAGAACGGAAGCAGAGUAGGUCAACAGUGAAAUGUUACGAGCUACAGCAGAGUCCAGAGACGCUCUCAGGUUCACGCGUACAAUGAAAUAAGAGCUGGGUCCUAGAAUUCGAUGCGUUCAGGAACACAGGUGACUCACGAGAGAAGAAAAUGGGGAAUUGGAAAGGACACGAUGGGAAGCGAUUGUAUUCCCCUGGAAGAACGCAAUACAAAUCAAGGGGGGGAAAUAUUCAUACGGAAGUCUGCACUCGUGGCGAGAUUGAAACAAUAAUACAUUACUAUUCAAAAAGUUAUCUACUGGUUCAAAAGUCUUAAAACUUGAAAACACGAUCUCGCGAUGGUAAGAGGCCUGAUAGGGGAGCAUGUGGUUCGGAAGACUUCAACUUGAGCGGGACGCUUCACAUCGGUUUCCAUGAGAGUCACCGGUGGCUCUCAUGGGAACAGAUUUCAGUAUCCUGGCCGACAACCAUGGGUCACAGAAAUGUUUUGUUUAAUGGAGGUUCAGUCUUCAUGGAGUGAAACAGUGUACUUACAACACCACAUCUGGGACAUGAAAGAUGUAUGAGAUUUGUGAAAGCCACCGGAGUGUCACACACACAGAGUUAAGAGUUCUGAAUUUUCUUGCCAGAAAUCGAAUCUUGUUCAUCAAACCAGUUACUGAGAUUAACAUCUGUAUAUGGAAGUGCUUUGUCCACCUACCUGUUUCCGUAAUUUUUCUCUGUUAAUGCGUCUUUAAUUUCCUGAAGACUUAAAAUGACACGCUUGCUGUUUGGCACAACAUUGUUGCCAACGAAGUAACCGAAUUGUUCCAGUAACUGAAGUCACGACAGGGAAUUUUCUCAGUCGACGAAACACACUUGUAAACAUUUGUGUGCUACUGAUCUGUUAACAAUGGGCCCUUUCUACUUUAUACAAUAGAAUCUACAAUUAAAGGAAGUUUAAUUUAUUUUACACUCCAACCCUUUAAAACUUAGUGGGAACUGCAUGUUUAGCAAUCAGUAAUUUUGUGUUCUGCCCACGAAGUGCAUUAGUCUGUAUCAUAUGAUUCCAGAGCAAACUGCUAUUAUUUCCCUAAAUGACAUUAACCGAUUGAUGGUUGUAAUGGUUAUGGGUUGAGUUUUCUUAAAAUGUUUAAAUUGUGUUAAGACUAGUGUUGGCUUUAGAGAGUUCAAUAAGUUCAAAAUUGUUUUAUUUUUCGAUCACGUUACUGGGAUUCGGUGUUAUCAGAUUCGUGAUCAGUAUUAUUUAGCAUCUGAAAAUAAGCUACUUCUUAUAUAGUUUUAUUAAAGGUUCCGCAAAUUUGCAAAUAGUAAAAACGUAAACAGGAGCAGUUAAUGACAUUAGGUUGCGUCCAAAUGCACGACAGUUCCGUGUUGACCACUCAUAGUGAUUUCUGUUAGAUAUAUGAAUCAGGAAGUCUAUAUUUUUAAAGUAUAACUGCGCAGAAUCUGAAAUCACGGAUUAUAGCACUUGAUGUUGGAUACAUGUGUACAUGCCACAAUCACGACUAUCAAGAUCACAGCCAAAUUACAAAUGUAUAGCUCGAGAGCUGAGAAAAUGCAGGAAAAGGGAAGGCCUUGACUCUUCCAUAAAUACAUCUGCCACAGGAGCAACAUUGCCGUUGCCUUACUUUCAUGACACCAAAUUUAAUCGAAAUUCGUGCAUUCGGAAUAAAACAUGUCUUCCCCACUACUCGCUCUUUUCAAGAACUUCAUGUAAAGAACGCAUGACAGAUAAUGCAACUGCUAGGCUGUGCGGUUGGAAAGCGGUUUCCCUCACCCGGAGAUGCAAACUUCUUUCCACGCUAUUCUCCCCAACCAGUCCACUGCUCGACUCUGAAUGGUGAGGGCAUCCAUGCCUCAAUGUUGACCGCGCGAGUGUUUCACACGUGUUAGUGUGAAGCUCAAAAGUGACUUACCCAGUGUUCAAAUACAAACUACAACAACGAAAGCUCAACAGCUCUUCUUCAGUAAGCUUGGUAAGUUGCACUCCAUGUUUCGUAAGUCAUGUAAUGAUAAUGUACUAUGCCUACAUUCAAUAAGAAAUUACUUCUAGUUAUGCCUAGGACGAAUUAGUUUAAAUGGAUUUCGGGUAUUUCAGGAUAUAUACACAAAAUUAAAAUUCUAUGGCCGAAGUCUGAUGGUUUUUGGUGGUGGUGCGUUAUAAUAUGUGAAACUAUUCUUUUGGACUCUGUCCACCGUCUAUAUUAUAAAAUAAUAAAACUAAAAAGUUUCGGAUGCUGAAUUCUGCUUUCCAUCUUCCGGUAAAAUGGGGGAAGAGGCUAAAGAGCCUAUCUGUUGGGGUCCGUGAUCUGAAGCUAACUCAACCAGGGGGCUCAACAGAAGAAACCGCUUCAACAAAAAAUGGCAGUGAAGAAUAUGCUUAUUAGCGGAAAAGUUGUAAUAUCUCUGCACCGCGGCAUAGAUCCCUCGCUUUUUCGCGGUCGUUUCUGCGCAGGCGCACUGAGUAACACACAAGAGCCCGUGUCUGCUGGCCUGUCACUCUGCAGUCCUUUACGGCCCGUCAUGCUCUUGACGAAAGCAUUACUCCUGCUCCUCGUCACAACCACCCGGUCAGAAGAUUCGGAUAUUCAACCAGAAGUCUUAGACGAGAGCUUGCGUCACUUACAUCAGCGGGAGUGGCCAGUCCAAGACGCACCAGCAGCGUUUCCAGAGGAUACCAAUGUAGCUCUUCUUGCUCUACCAGGAUCACAACCAAUAAGAUCCCACAAUGCAUAUAGGCGGAGACGAAAACGUCCUCGUCCACAGCCACCUCAAGACGAGAUAUAUUUUCCAUCCUCUACUCAAGUACAAGGUCCUAAAGCAGAUGUAUUACCUUACAAUGAGCAGAAGUCAUAUUACAAAUCUACAGAAACUUCACUACAAGGAUACCAGAGCUAUGAAACAUCAGUCAGCAGUGUUGACAACAUCAGAUUACCAGACUCCCUACCUUCCCAUAGUCUACAGCACCAGCCCCGGACACAGCGACGCCACCCUAAUUCAUCACGACAAAAACAUCAACAACAGGAACGACCCCACUUACCAAUAGAAGUUAACAAUCCUGAUGUCCUGGUUAAGACAGAGGACAAUGUUUAUCAAAAUGACAAUGCAAAGCUUGAAGAACAGUCAGUAAAUAUCUCACAAGAAGAAGAAGACAUAAUUGUUGACAGCAGCCACAAUAACUCACAGUCAUUUCUAGAAGAAAACAGUUACACACAUAAAAGAAACAGAGAUCAACAUGAACAACCACAUUCUUCUAUAAGCGUGAGUAAAGUCACAAAACCACAACAGAAUUCAUACCGUAAACCUUAUCCAGCUCGAACUGAAGAGAGUAAUAGUGAUGUUGUCGUAUCACCACAGGAUAUUAAAGCAUUACUGAAGCAGCGGUCUGGAUCACUUAGUCUUAGUGAAUUACUCCAGCAGAAGAAUUUGUCAUUAGCUGACUUACUCAAAGGUAACCUUAAUGCUCUGUCUGCACUGACUGGUGUACAUAACACAGCAUCACCAGAGAGCAAGGCAGGUGACACCAAUCAAGAGUCUGUGCCCCUAAGGCGGUUACCACCACAGACAAACUCGAGACGCAAAAAUCAAGGUACAGGUCACCAUCGAAAGCCCCUUCGAUACUCAGAAAAACAAGAGCAAAUUUCUGAAGACCAUGACUUAGAAUCUAAUAAGCACAGGCGGUUACCACCAGUUAACAUACCUUUACAGAGAAUACAACCUUCAGUUGACAGCGACAAGUCUAUUAAAUAUGAACUUGAAGAAGUGGAAGAGACAGAGUUAGAUACUAAGGAACACAUAAACAAAUUUUCGCCAUCAUCUCCCCGCAGACAAACAAAGGCUACAGAUGCAACUCUCAUUUCAAGCACAGAGCGGAAUGAAGUAACCAAAGUAAUUAUUACAGAAGACUAUAAUUCAUUCCAAGACUCUGUAUUCAACGCUCACAAUGACAAACACAAUGAAAUGCAAACAGAGAAUAAAGAAAAUAAUAGUUUGGUCAGUACAGUCUCGACAACAGAACAUGACAUAAUAAUAAAUCCUUCUGUAUUAGAACCAUCUCACAAAACUUCACAAGAAGGUGGCACAAAGCCACAAGAGCCUACAACUGAUCACAAACCUGCACCAAUUCCUUUAAAUGUUCAAGAAACAUCUGUCAUAGAUCCACUGCAAAACUCUCCUGAAGCAGACAUUACAGACCAUAAAGUUUCAAAUUACAACAGACUGCGUGGAAAAUAUAUCCCAAGGUACAGAAUACCAAAUGCUCAGAAAGACAGCAUUAGUAAAGUGGAUACUGCAAAGGCAGGGAGGGUCAGAUUACCUCCUCCGAACUUAUUUCUGUCACCUCUGAGACCAAGAAUAAUGAACCGAGUUACAAGCCCAAAACACCAAAGUGAUGGAACUACAACGGAAGCAAUCCAGUUCAUCAAUACUGUACCACAAACCCACACAACACCCAGAGCAGUCACUCCCAUACCAAAAACUGAGGAGUCACAAAAAAAGCAACAAGACACCAUGCCUCCUCAAGAUCAAAAUAGUGAUUCACAUUCUAAUGUUCAAAUAACUGACUUAACAACAGAAACAUUUCCUGUAACAGAUGGAGAAGACUCAGAUGAACCUUUAUACAAAGUCAUUCCAAUCCAUUCUGAACCAUCCAACAGUCAGUCACAAAUAACAAAGAAGAGCAGCGAAACAAAAUUCACAAGUGUAAAAGAUGAAAUCCUGGAGUUUCUGAAGACAGACAUAGGCUCUAUUCAUCUAACAAGAAUUUUAGCAUCUCGUAACAUGACUUUAGCUGAACUGAUCGAACAUCGUGAGAGAGGAUCAAGCCAACAGCAUCUUGCAGAUAUAUUCAGAGAAUCUGGACAGUCAGUCAGUCAUUCCACUGAAACCAACAUGUCUGAAUCAAACCAUGAAGUAACUAACAAUGAAGUCAAGAAUAACAUUAUUGGAAGCAUUAAAGAAAGGAACACAUACAAUAUUCCAAGCAUUCAAGAAAUGUUCCAUUUUUUAGAGGACUCAAACAGUGAAGUCUCAGAUCAUGAAAUAAACCAACAAACAGCAUCCACCUCAGAGAAUGAUGAAAGCAAUUCUACAGAAGGUUCUGAAUAUGCAGGCCAGGCAGAGCAAACAUCUCUGGGUGAACCUCAGGUAUUUGACAUUCUGUCUUUCUCCCCUUCCAAUCCUCCUCUAUACAUCCCUCAUGUGCCAACUCUCAGACCUAGUAAUCCUAGUCCACAUUCUAACCCUUCAUGGAAAAUAUCCUACCAGCAUCCAGUCACUAUCUACUCUAAACCCACCAACCCGUAUUUCAUUCCUGACAUCAAAUCCAUUAUUGCCUCAAGAUUCACAAACCCAACACCACUUACUCCCUUGACUAGCAGCGAUAUUACACACAGCAUAGUUUUAUUGGAAAAUACUGGCCAAGUACGUGAAGUGGCAAGCACUAAAAUCAAAGGCAUCAAUGGACCUGUCAAAGUUAACAAAGAUGAAAGAAAGCAGUCUGUAGUUCUACACAGGGAAGAUUUAGUAGAUGACCUUGAAUCAGACAGUACACUGCCAACAGAUGUCAAAUCUACAAUCACUGUAAGUUCCGCCAUAUUGGGACUAGCCAUUUUAGGCUUCCUAGCAAUAUUUGUAGUCUGCCGAUGGAGACAAAAACGGGCCAGGAGACGAUUUGUAGAUGGAAUUGUAAAUGCAAGGGCCCAAAGCCCUAUUUUAAUGCAGCCAGAAGGAAAGGAUGUUCAUCAAAGUCAUGGUCCUGUGAUGGUCAACACACAAGACCUGUACAAAACAGAUGUUUCUCUUGAUGGCGAAGAUGAUAACCAUGACCCAAGAGCAAGGCGCUACUAUUUAUGGAGAACCAUACGGAAAACACUGAGAUACAAAUAAAAGUGUCUUACACUUCCUUCUCGAUUCAAUGCCAAUAUUUCUGUUCCUGGAGUCUUCCCAAUGCUUAGGCAUACCAUGACAGAAAACAGGUCUGCUGAAACAGUGUGCUGAUUGAUCCACAAAUAUUAACUCUUUAUAUAUAUCACAUACAUAAAUGAUACAAACAUGCACCUGAUAUAUAACACGCAGUUGGUCAUCCAAAUUAUCUUCAUAAUCAUAAUGAAACCUUGAACAAAACCAACAUACAGUGGUAGCCACCACACAUGGUAUAUACCAGGUAAAUGGGGUUUAAAUCUCCUCUGGCCACAGGGUAUGACACUAUUCAUGUGGCUGCUAUCACUGAAGGGUUAAGUAUUAGCCCUUUGACAUUCAUUGCCAAAUGGUGAUCGAACAAAUCAAAACACUUCAACACUAGUGGAGAAGUAUACAAGUCGUGUCAGCAUCUCGAAGCCAAGCACUCAAGAGCCAAUAAAACUGUGAGCUUUAAAAUAUCAUCUAAUCAGCCAAUCCCAAUGUGAAAGACAUCAAAUAUAUGGGCUGAAGAAACAAAAUGUAAAACAUUACUUUUCAUCAUGUGCCUCAGCCUGUGUGAAUGUCAAAAAACUACUCAAUUGCAGAGUUUGUGCGUGUGUAGUAAGUGUAUGAACAAGUGUGCGUAAAGUAUAAAACUGCCUAGCUCAACACAAUAUUCAAUUCUAUUGCCCCAUAAAACUUUAAAACAUGGGCUAAAAUAAAUAGUAAAUUAAACAUAUAAGAACACAUUAUAA